AAGAGAAGGCUAGACCAUUGGCUUCAAGGUGGAAGUAACUCUGGUAGAUUAGUCCAGUGGGACUCAACCGGGGCGCUUCCUAGUCGCGCCGGAUCCGCGGAGAACUUGUGCUUACCGUCUCCCCCGCGUCUGAUUAGAGAGAGUCCGGAAGAACGGGGGCGGGACUCGCGCAGGCGCAGCGUGACCGGCAACAUGGCAUCCAAGGCUAAGAAGCGAGCGGUGGGAAAUGGGGUCCAGCGGACGCUGGCAGCGGCGGGCCAGCGGGAGGAGGAGGAAGAAGAGGAUGAGGUGGAGGAUGAGGAAGAAGACGAUGAAGACAGUGACGAAGAAGAGGAUGAAGACGACGAAAUCGUGGACGAGGAAGUGAAUAUUGAAUUUGAAGCUUAUUCCAUCUCAGAUAACGAUUAUGGCGGAAUUAAGAAAUUACUGCAACAGCUUUUCCUAAAAGCCCCUGUGAACACUGCAGAGCUGACAAAUCUCCUGAUUCAGCAGAACCACAUUGGGAGUGUGAUUAAGCAAACAGAUGUUUCAGAAGACAGUGAUGAUGAAGUGGAUGAAGAUGAGAUCUUUGGCUUCAUAAGCCUUUUAAAUUUAACUGAAAGAAAGGGGACUCAGUGUGCUGAACAAAUUAAAGAGUUGGUUCUAAGCUUCUGUGAGAAGAACUGUGAGCAGAGCAUGGUUGAACAGCUGGACAAGCUUUUGAAUGACACCAGCAAGCCUGUGGGCUUUCUGCUAAGUGAAAGAUUCAUUAACGUCCCUCCACAGAUUGCUCUGCCCAUGCACCAGCAGCUUCAGAAAGAACUGGCUGAGGCACGAAGAACCAACAAGCCAUGUGGGAAGUGCUGCUUCUACCUGCUGAUUAGUAAGACAUUUGUGGAAGCAGGAAAGUCCAGUUCCAGAAAGAGACGGGACAGCCUUCCACAGGAAGCACUGAUGUUUGCCAAUGCAGAGGAAGAGUUCUUCUAUGAGAAGGCAAUCCUGAAGUUCAGCUACUCGGUGCAGGGGGAGAGCGACACUUGUCUGGGAGGCAGAUGGUCCUUCGAUGACGUUCCAGUGAAGCCCUUGCGGACUGUGAUGGUAAUUCCAGACGACAGGAUGAAUGAGAUCAUGGAAACCCUGAAAGACCAUCUCUCCAUCUAGUUCAUUUCCCCCGGACAGUGACAGGCUUGUUUAUGUGUAAUUACCAAGAAAUCCAUUGAAGAGAUACUGAAAAACUCAUUAUUUUAUUCAGAUUCAAGUCCUCUACAAAAAGUAGGGUUCUGUUCCAUGUGUCUAUGACACAUUUACAAAAUGUUUUUGUUUUUUCUUUUUUUUUACUUUUGGUCAAAUUAUGAUUGGUUAAAAACUUCCAAUAAGAAAAGCAUGGAAUAGUAAUUUUAAGAACUUAAUAAAAACUAUUUUUUUAUUUUAAAAUCA